AUGUUAGGUACUGUUCGAACAUUGACAACUGAUGAUAAACAACCAGCAAGUGGAUUUGAAUUGAGAAAAGGUGAAUCAGUCGUGAUUUCAUUUUAUGUUUUAGCAAGAGAUCAACGUUAUUGCUCCCAUUCAUACGAUCUAAAUGGUACAGAACAUAAAAAAUAUUUAUCAGGAUUGAUAGCAUUUCGUUGUAGUGAUCAACAGUAUAUGGAUUCAGAUUUAGCGCGAUUAAUGCAAGACUUAUACAAUUUGUAA